AUGUUCCUUAAUAAUUGUUAGAUACAUAAAACUCAGCCAGCGAUAUAUAAUAUACAAAAAAAUCAUAUUCAAUAACCAAAACUUUGUUAAAUGUGUAUUCAAGAACUCGAUUCUAAUAUGAUUAAUUUUUAAGACAUAAAUCAAGAUUUUUUUAAUAUGUUUUCCUCAUAAAUUAAAGGACAAUAUAGCAUCAAUCAAAAAUACAUAAUUUUUCUUAUUAGUUUGAAAGAGAGAUUAUAGAAUUUGAAGUCUCAUUUAGAAAAUUCUAUAGAGAAAUUGGUUGAAUGGCUCAACAAUUAGAUUAUCAAUAUAAUGAUUCCAGAAACCCCAGAAGAGUUACUUUAGAAAAUAAAAAUAAUUGAUUAAAAUUCACUUGUUGAGGGCGAAUUAAAAAUAAAAAAAUAUUUCGAUAAUUUCAAGGAUAUCAAGGGAAUAUUAUUGGAUAAAAUUUCCUCUCUUUUUCAAAAUUCUUUGAUUAGAACUAUAAAAGAUAAUAUCCAGAAAAUACAUUGUGGAUUUGGAAAUCUAUUAGCAGAAGUUAAAGAGAUGCAAAUAGAAAAAGAAAAGAAAUCUAAAAAUGCAUUCAUUUUAAAAAAAUUGGAUGAUUUUUCUAUUAAGGAAUAUAAAGAAUGUUGCGUAAUGGCUUUUAAUAAAGAUUGCUCUAUUGUAUUAGUGGGAUGUCGUGAAGAAAUUAGAGUAUAUGCGUUUCAAAAAGGAUUUAUGAAUCAAAUUCAAAAAAUUAGUAAUAAACAUACAAAUAAUGUAUGGACUUUAAAUUUCAUGAAAAAAUCAAACAAAUUUAUAUCUGGUAGUUAUGAUAAUACAAUUAUAAUAUGGAUGAGUAAUAAAAAUAAUUAAUAUAUUUGUUAAUAAAAAUUAGAGAAUCAUUUAAGCAAUGUUUAUUGUGUAGUACUAAACACAAAUGAAGAUUUAAUAGUAUCAGGAAGUGAUGACAAAACAAUUAGAUUUUGGAUAGAGAAGGAUAAAUGGGUAUGUUAAUAAGUUAUAACAGAUCACACAGAUAGUGUAUUUGCGCUUAGUUUGA